AUGGAUUGUAUAAGAAGAUGGAAAUAUUUGUAUCCAAAUUUAUCUGAUAUUGGUUUUGACGUCGACUUGGAUCUAGUUUAUUCUCGUUCAGUGGUGAGGCCAAAACCUGGAACAAUUGAGGAGCUCACUCAAUUUCAUACCGAUGAUUACAUUAAUUUUUUAAGCAGGGUUACGGCAGACAAUGUUGAUACUUGUAUAAAAGAUUGUAUCAAAUUCAAUGUUGGAGAUGAUUGCCCUGCUUUUGACGGACUACUUGAAUAUUGUAGAAGAGCAACAGGUGGUUCUCUUGAAGGAGCAGCCAGAAUAAACUAUGGUUUAUGCGACAUAGCUGUAAAUUGGGCUGGAGGUUUACAUCACGCAAAAAAACAAGAGGCCAGUGGGUUUUGUUAUGUCAACGAUAUUGUAAUUGCGAUUCUCGAAUUAUUGAGAUUCCACCAACGUGUCCUUUAUAUCGAUAUUGACAUUCACCAUGGUGAUGGUGUUGAAGAAGCUUUCUAUACAACUGACCGCGAUGAAUCCGAUGAGCAGAGAAAUGCACGGCGGUGGGAUAUUGGUAUAGGAAAAGGUAAAUAUUACGCCGUGAAUUUUCCUCUAAGGGAGGGCAUAGACGACGAGUCGUAUAAAAGCGUAUUUGAACCGGUAGUUACACGAGUCAUUGAAUGGUAUCAACCUGAAGUGAUCGUUUUGCAGUGCGGCGCGGAUUCACUAAGUGGUGAUCGUCUUGGCCACGCCCAUUGUGUGCGAUUUGUCAAAAAAUUUAACAUUCCAAUGUUAGUAUUGGGAGGUGGUGGUUACACUGUACGAAAUGUGUCAAGAGCCUGGGCAUAUGAAACUGGUGUGAUUGUUGGACAGGAGAUUGGACCAGAAUUACCACCUCGUUCAGAGCACGAUUAUUUUGAAUAUUUUGGGCAUGAUAAUAAAAUAGAUGUUCUUUCAAGCAACAUGGAAAAUAAGAAUACAAGAGAAUAUUUAGAAAAGAUAACUGUCAAAGUAUUUGAAAAUUUGGAUCGAUCUAGGCACACUCCCAGUGUCCAAUUACAAGAUAUACCAGGAAAAAGCUAUGAAUUCGAUGAACAUUCUGAUGAUGAUAAUCCGGACGAACGAAUUUCAAGACGGCUAAGGGACAAACAUAUCGCACCGGAUAAUGAAUAUUAUGAUUCAUCCGAUGAGGAAUGUACAUUUAAGAUUCCCAUUCCUAACGAAUACGGGCCUUCCAGAUAUGUGCG